AAGCUUAGCUUAAGGAUAUUUUUUUGUUCAAAUUUGUAAGCUGAAUGAACUUUACAUAUUAAUUAAAUAUUCUUCUAAAUUAUUGUAAUUAUCGAUAUAAAUCGAUAUCAAAAUGUGCGAACCACAUCGCAGCUUUAUAUCAUCCAAUCUAGUGGAGAGUCUACGAUGUGACAAGCCCAAUUAUCCGAGUAAAACGACGAUUCAGAUCAAGAAAUCGUGGGUGCGCCCACGGUUCAUGUUCGUCUUUGAGAACGGUGAUCUGAAUACGGCUGCCCACUGUCUGGCUGAGAAUAUGCAUGAGCCGUUCGAGCCCUUCCCCAUUGCCAGCGUGGCCGUGCAGCAGUCGGUGCGCGAGGAGUUCAUUGCGCGCGUUAAGGACCGAUUCCAUCAGCUGGCGCCACAUGUGGCGCUGCAUCCGAAUUUUGAGCGUUCGCAAAAAGAGCUGCAAAUGGGAGGCAUUAAAUAUGAGGUCGCUUCCAAUGAAAAUGCACCGGCCAUUGCCAGUCCGAUCAUUGUCACGGACAAUAUCACCCAUCUGUUCUUCAGCACCACGCCGUCGGGCGUGGUCACUUUGAAGAGUUUCGAGACCGUAAAUGAGGCAUCUCAGAUCUUUAUCAAGGAGCAGCCGCCAUUCGAUGUGAUACAUGUGUUCGAUGAGAGCAUCGUGACUGUUUAUGAAUUGGCAUCGCGAAUCUCUGGCAUUCAGUUCUACGUUAACUGCAUUGAGGUGUGCUUACUGCCCAUUCUACCGUUUUAUGGUAUGCGACAUGCCUGCAGCAAGCUCUACGAUGGCUAUCACUAUGAGACCCUCGAGCUAGGCGCUUAUUGGCGCAUUAUUGUUUUCCCCUAUAAAACAUCGUUUGUGAGUCGCUGCUGUUGUCCGCCGGGUGAAUGCAUUUGCUCACUACAAGCCAACAACUGCUGCGAUUAAACUUCUUAGUUCAGUUUAGCGAACAUUAAGACAAAAGACCAACUUGACUUCCGGACUGGCUGAUUCUGUUAACUAUCUCAAGAAGUUAACAAUUGUGCGAUUGGACUGACAACACAUGUGGCACAUCAUUUUCGCGGCUGUUGGUUUCCAAUUUAGUAUUACAGUAGACAUCAAAUACAUUGAACUGGCAUUAUAUUUGCUUAAAUUUAAGUGUUAUUUUGUGUGGUCGAUAAUUGUUGUAUAUAAGGCAUAAAG